UACUUGCAAAAUCAAUGGUAGAAUUACAUAUAUCUUCUGCCCAGUCUUCUGGGCGCAUGCAACCCCGCCCUGCAGAUUGGGAUUACCGUUUAUGCAUUCCGAAAACGGUUGAUGAGGUGAUGGACACCUGUGUAGGUGCUAAACGUUCUAAUCAAGUGCUUUUAAGUAGGGAGGUGCUAAAGGAUGUACAAAGAAGGCGAUGCACUGCCUCGACAGUAGAUGAACAAAACCUAGAUUUGCCUCUCUCCAGAAGCUCAACUGAAAAGACAAGCAACGUAUCAGCAAGCUCAAGGGUCGCACGAAGGCACCAAGAAUACUUAUUCCUCUGGGACGACGAAUCUGGUCUCAUCAUCAAGUAUCCUCUUUUCGAGGAGAGUCAAAGCAACUUAUGCAGGUCACUUGUAGUUUCACAAGGCGAGAACAAGAAAGAGGACGACGAUGUUGCAACUGAUACGAGGGUACUCAAUUGGAGCUUACAAGUGAUAGAAAACUAUUUAAAAGAAGCCGUGGCAAUAGCGAAAAGCAAGUCAAUGCAAAUACAUGAAUGAUGAC